GGGCUGCAGUGACUGCGCUCGCGCUGAGCAUUUGUGCAGGCGACGGGCGAGGCGAAUGCAGAACUCUGGUAAACACCUUGCAUAUCAACAACACCUAAAACGAGUGAGAGGAUGCGAUGCGACUGUCAAUACUCAUCUGUUUUUAAGAGAGACUGAAAUGUGGAACGCGCAUUAACCCGAAAUAACGUCUUGAGUUUCACUCUUUUGCGAUCGUGACCUGCACGCGCUUUAACCCAGUGAUCAUGAAUGAUAUUAAAGUUGCAGUUCUGGGAUCUGAAGGUGUUGGAAAAUCAGCACUUGUUGUUCGGUUUUUAACCAGACGAUUUAUUGGAGAAUAUGCAUCAUCGACAGAGUGCAUUUACAGAAAGCGCAUGUCUGUUGAUGGACGACAGCUGAAUCUUGAACUUUAUGAUCCUUGUACUCAGCCAUGUGAGGGAAAGACGACUCUCAAAGAGCAGAUCCACUGGGCCGACGGUUUCGUGGUGGUUUACGACAUCAGCGAUCGCUCUUCCUUCCUCACGGCCACAGCCAUGGUGCACCUCAUCCGAGAGAUUCGUGUAGGAGUGGCUAAAAGGGAUACAGACUCUGCCAUUUUCCUGGUGGGCAAUAAACAAGACUUGUGUCACGUGCGGGAGGUGGAUAGGGAGGAAGGCCAGAGGCUGGCGUCCGAGUGCCACUGCCAGUUUUACGAGCUGUCCGCUGCCGAGCAUUACCAGGAGGUGGUGCUCAUGUUUUCCAAAAUCGUGCGCAAUGCCAGUCUGGGAGGCAAGGCGAAGGAGCGCCGGCGCCGCCCUAGCGGUUCCAAGUCCAUGGCCAAGCUCAUCAACAACGUCUUUGGCAAACGGCGAAAAUCGGUUUGAGGACAAACCUGACUAAACAUCAUGGACAAUGGUUACAGGGUAGACACGUGAGAUGUCAGGUGGCACGCGAAACAUACAAGUUAUUUUACACCUCACAAAUAGAAAAUAAGACAAAUAUUUAAGAGAUUUAUUGUGAGAUAUAUUCACAUACCUCUCUACACACUUUUGUUAUGGUAAGGCAGCGGCACUUUGGUGCUAAAUACUUUUCUUAAUUUGAUUAUAAAGAUUAUUGUAUAAAUAAUGUAUUAUUGAUGUAUAAUGUAUUAAAAUAUAUGAUAAGCAUUACAUGAAUAAUAAUAAUGCCACAAAGUUUGAGACGAAAUAUUUUUUUCAUGAGGUUUACUCAUACAGUAUGUUUAUUAUUUUUUGCUAAUGUCUUGUCUAGUUAUUAUCAUUAUGUGUAUUGGAGGAUUUUUGUGUGAAGCUGUGUAAACAUUUCAUGUACAGCUGUUUCUUUUAUUAUUAUAUGUUUCAAAAAACAGCAAGCUGUGGACACUGAAGUUAACCCGAGAGGCUUAAAGCCAAAGUCAGCUCUGUGUUUGUGAUGUAAAAAUCAUAGAUAAACUGUUUGUAACUGUUUGCUCACUGUUUUACUGUAUAAUAUUUCAUCUCUUGCUUCACGUGCUGUAUGAUGCAAACAGUGAUUUACUACGUAGUGAUUAUGGGAUUUAAAAUCUCUGUGAGGCAACUUUGAAUUCAUGUAUGAAGAAAAAGUCUGCAUUAAAAUAAUGAAUAUUGAUGAUCAAGCAAAA